GCGCGCGCGGCGGGCUGCAGGCAGCGACCUGUCUCUUUAAAAGUCGGUGUCAAAGCCGAUUACCGCUGAUCUCCGCCGUGAUUCGGUUUGCACCGUCUGUUCCCUCAAUCUAUUUCUGUCUCCGCGGUGCUGCCGGGACGACGAGCUGUCUUCUUCUUGAGACGUUUUCGUCGCUCAGGUAGAGUAACGACCGAGGGCUCGAGCGCUAGCUAACUCCUCGCCAAAAGUUUGGAGCACGGGAGCGUCGUGGAGUGUUUCCUGCGGGCUUUGCUUUGUGAGAAAGCCCCGACGUUAAAGCCCCAGUUUGCCGGUGAGCUGAGUGUCUUUCCAACUUUUUUCUACCGUGGUAAGCCUGGAUUACUUUCCCUGCUAACGGAGAUAUAUGAACCGCUUUCUCUCUGCUCAUAACGCCAGUGACAGAAAACCGGGAGAUGCAGUGAUGCCUCGGGUUACUGUUUAAAGUUGGCACCAAAAUAAUAAUAAAAAAAAACCAAAUCCGGUUGGACAUAAGAUGCAGAAGGGCGUGCGGUACAACGAGGGCCACGCUCUGUAUCUGUCGGUGGUUGCGCGUAAAGAGGGCUCCAAGCGCGGCUUCCUGAGCAAGAAGACCACGGAGAUCAGCCGCUGGACCGAGAAGUACUUCGCUCUCUACCAGAACGUGCUCUUCUACUUUGAGAACGACCAGAGCACGAGGCCCUCCGGGAUAUACCUACUGGAGGGAUGCACGUGCGAGCGGGCACCUGCACCCAAGGUCUCCGCCAUCAGCAAGGAGCCCAUGGAGAAACAGCAGCACUAUUUCCUGGUGAUUUUUGGCCACGAUGGACAGAAACCUUUGGAGCUGCGGACGGAGGAAGAGUCGGACUGCAACGAGUGGGUGGAGUACAUCCAGCAGGCCAGUUACUCUGACAUUAUCAUCGAGCGUGAGAUCCUGAUGCAGAAGUACAUCCACCUGGUCCAGAUCAUGGAGACAGAGAAGAUCGCAGCCAAUCAGCUCCGCACCCAGCUGGAGGACCAGGACACGGAGAUCGAGAGGCUCAAAGCUGAGAUUGUUGUGUUGAACAAAACCAAAGAGGGGAUGCAGCCGCACCACAACAACAAGAGGAGGGAGGACCCAGAUAUCAAAAAGAUCAAAAAGGUGCAAAGCUUCAUGCGUGGCUGGCUGUGCCGGAGGAAGUGGAAGAUCAUCGUCCAGGACUACAUCAGUUCGCCUCACGCCGAGAGCAUGCGGAAGAGGAACCAGAUUGUCUUCAACAUGGUGGAAGCGGAGACCGAAUACGUCCACCAGCUCUCCAUCCUGGUGAACUGUUUCCUGCGGCCGCUGCGCAUGGCCGCCAGCUCCAAGAAACCUCCCAUCAGCCAUGAUGACGUCAGCACCAUAUUCCUCAACAGGUACAGGGCUGCAGCUAUGGAGACCAUCAUGUUUCUGCACGGAUCUUCCAUCAGGGUCUUAACGCUCGGAGUCGUAACCGGGCCCACGCUAGUCCUGGCGGACCUGUUUGACAUCCUGCUGCCGAUGCUGAACAUCUACCAGGAGUUUGUGCGUAACCACCAGUACAGUCUGCAGGUCCUGGCCAACUGUAAGCAGAACAGAGACUUCGACAAGCUGCUGAAGCAGUACGAGUCCAACGCUGCCUGUGAGGGACGCAUGUUGGAGACGUUCCUCACUUAUCCCAUGUUCCAGAUUCCACGUUACAUCAUCACUCUUCAUGAGCUGCUGGCUCACACACCUCAUGAGCAUGUCGAGCGCAAGAGUAUGGAGUUUGCCAAAUCCAAACUGGAGGAGCUUUCCAAGAUGAUGCACGAUGAAGUGAGCGACACAGAGAACAUCCGGAAGAAUCUGGCCAUAGAGAGGAUGAUCGUCGAGGGCUGUGACAUCCUGUUGGACACGAGUCAGACCUUCGUCAGACAAGGCUCUCUUAUCCAGCUGCCGUCCAGCAGCGAGCGGGGCAUGCUCAGUAAAGUCCGCCUGGGCUCGCUCACACUGAGGAAGGAAGGAGAGCGCCAGUGUUUCCUGUUCACCAAGCACUUCCUCAUCUGUACACGGACGUCUGGAGGAAAGCUUCACCUGCUGAAGCAAGGAGGCACGUUGUCUCUGAUAGAGUGCACUCUCAUCGAAGAACUAGAUGCCAAUGAUGAAGACUACAACGCAGCAGGUCAAGGCUUCAACCACCUGGAGUUCAAGAUUGUGGUGGAGCCUCCGGAUGGUCAGUCCUUCUCUGUCGUCCUCUUGGCUCCUUCUCGCCAAGAAAAGGCUGCCUGGACCAGCGACAUCAGCCAGUGCAUUGAUAAUAUCCGAUGUAACGGCCUGAUGACCAGCGUCUUUGAGGAGAACUCCAAAGUUUCGGUGCCGCACAUGAUCAAGUCUGACACCCGACUGCAUAAAGACGACGUCGACAUUUGCUUCAGCAAGACGCUCAACUCCUGCAAGGUCCCUCAGAUCCGAUACGCCAGCGUGGAGCGCCUCCUGGAACGACUGACGGACCUGCGAUUCCUCUCCAUAGAUUUCCUCAACACCUUCCUCCACACGUACAGGAUCUUCACCACAGCGGCCGUGGUCAUCGACAAGCUGGCGGACAUCUACAAGAAGCCGUUUACCUCCAUACCUGUCAGGUCUCUGGAGCUCUUCUUCGCCACCAACCAGAGCUCGUGGGCGACGGACCCCUUGAACAACAAAUCCCCGAGGCUGUGCCGCAAGUUUUCCUCUCCUCCUCCUCUCACCAUCCCCUCUCGCACCGUCUCCCCCGUCCACUCGCGCAAGCUCUCCCUCAGUUCCCCCAUCGGUGGGAAAGCCGGAGCGUUGGACCUUUCCACCACCCCCACCUCCUCUGCAGCCAGCUCCCCCACCUCCAGCCACAGCCCCUCCAUCUCCUCUCCUCCCCCUACCUCCACCAGGGCCCCCUCUGGCUUCUCCUCUCCUCCGCCCACCGCCACGCGCUCUCCCAGCCUCCCCCAGGCCUCUGGGGUGUCCUCGCCGCCCCCCACCUCCACCAAGGCCCCACUGGACCUCAGCCGCGGUUCCAGCUCGCCAGAGCUGAGCCCAGCUGAAGGGGAGGACGUCAGCGGAGAGCUGCCUCGCAUCGACGCCUUCUGUGGGAAGCUGAGGCGCAGCAUCCGCAGGGCUGUCCUGGAGUCAGUUUCUCUGGACAAGUUUCUUCCUGAAUCCCUGGCCAGCAGCGAGCCGGGCGACAUGUCUCCCUGUCGCUCGCCGUCGACGCCGAGGCAUCUCCGCUACAGACAGUCGGGAGUCACACCGGGGGAGAACUCCCGCUGCACGAUGUCGCCGGCUUCAGCGUUUGCGAUCGCCACUGCUGCUGCCGGGCACAGCAGCUCCCAGGGUUUUAGUAAUUCUGAAAAAGUCUGUGACAAAGAAUUCAUCAUCCGGAGAGCUGCUACCAACCGAGUCCUCAACGUGCUGCGACACUGGGUCUCCAAACACUCGCAGGACUUUGACAUGAACAGUGAGCUGAAGAUGGGGGUGAUCGGUCUGUUGGAAGAGGUGCUACGAGAUCCAGACCUGCUGCCUCAGGAGAGGAAAGCAACAUCAAACAUAUUAAGUGCCCUUUCUCAAGAAGAACAAGAUGAUGCUCAGCUGAAGAUAGAGGACAUAUUACAGAUGGUGGAGAGUCCGAAGGCCGAGUGUUUUGAGUCUCUCUCAGCCAUGGAGCUGGCAGAACAGAUCACACUCCUGGAUCACAUCGUGUUCAGGAGUAUUCCCUACGAGGAGUUCCUCGGUCAGGGCUGGAUGAAGGUCGACAAGACCGAGAGGACGCCGUACAUCAUGAAGACCAGCCAGCAUUUUAAUGACAUGAGUAACCUUGUGGCGUCUCAGAUAAUGACCCACACUGACGUGGGCUCCAGGGCCAGCUCCAUAGAGAAGUGGCUAGCGGUGGCCGAUAUCUGCCGCUGCCUCAACAACUACAACGGCGUGCUGGAGAUCACCUCGGCGCUCAACCGCAGCGCCAUCUUCAGGCUGAAGAAGACCUGGGCAAAAGUCUGCAAACAGACAAAGGCGCUCAUGGACCGCCUGCAGAAGACGGUGUCAUCAGAAGGGAGGUUCAAGAAUCUCAGAGAGACACUGAAAAACUGUAACCCUCCAUGCGUCCCAUACCUGGGCAUGUACCUCACUGACCUGGCUUUCAUUGAGGAGGGAACACCCAACUUCACGGAGGAGGGCCUGGUUAACUUCUCCAAGAUGAGGAUGAUUUCUCAUAUUAUCCGGGAGAUUCGUCAGUUCCAGCAAGCACCUUACAGGAUAGAGCACCAACCAAAAGUGACUCAGUUCCUCCUGGAUAAGACACUAGUGAUGGAUGAAGAUACCCUUUAUGAGCUCUCACUGAAGAUCGAACCUCGAGUACCACCUGGUUAACAUUUCACACCCAAACAUAUUAACACAGACGUGAUAUACAAAAUAUAUCCAUCUAACAAUAUCAGUGAUUAACGCAACUUGAGAUUCUUUCUUAAUAAAGCAGGGGUUGUUUUAUGAAACACCACCAGUUAUUGUGCUAAGGAAACUCAGGAGAAAAUGUGCCUUUUUGUGUAAAUAUCUGAUGUGUACAUUUAGUAAACAGAAUGAACUGUAUAACAUACACAACUCUGCCAUACAAUCGUACAGUUAUGACUGUAGAAACACUCAUGUUGGCUAGCCAAACAUGGCACUAGUAAGUAACAGUUGCUGCUGUCACAUUGUAAAUACCAAACAAUCUGCCUCUGUAGUCUUGCACAUAAACAUUGUCAGAUGAGUUUUACAUUAUUUAUGUAAUUAUGGCCAGAUUAACCUGCUUAUCCAUAGAGAGGCGAAGUCCUUCCCCUACCGGUGGACCCCCAUGGGACCUUAUUUAGGAAAAAAUAUGUACUGUAGUUAACGGCGAGAAAUAAAUAAAUAUUUGAUCCCAUUUGAAUUGAGACACAUAAAAUGUUGGUCAAUUUAAAAGAUAAUUUUUUAAAUCAAGAAAGUCUGUCGAAAAACUGUUGAAGUAUAAGACUGAAAAUACGUAAUUAAAUACGUAAUUAGAAAGACUAAUCAUCCCAAAGUAAGUGAUGUCUUGCUGAAGCUACAGUGUCUGUGUUGUGUACUGGGAUGUAACUCAAACAAACAGGUCUUGCUCAUUCUUUCUCUUCCCGGCUGAUGAAAAGAUGCCGGUUAAAACCCAUCAGGUAAGAUAAGGUUACAUCUGUUGUGGAUCAGAGCUAAGUUAGCUAGCUAGCUAGCUAGCUUGCAACCGGAGCAGUUAGCAAGCUUAUGUAUAUUGUGUGAGAUUAGAUAUGUAGUUCACUGAGCGGUUUCACUACGGCAAACCUACAACAAACUGACUUUCUUCACCUGCAAAUUGUUUUAAUCUGACAAUAUAUGUGUAAUUCAUGGCUCAAUUUAAAUAGGCUCAAAAAAGUAUUAUUUCUCUCGCCGUUGGACUACCGGACAGAUUAUUUUUUUACAUAAUUAGGUCCCAUUGGGUCCACCGGAAGUAGAGGGACUUUGCCUCUUUAUUGGGCCCAAGGUUUGCUGUGUGGUUGAAAUAUGCACUAUUUACACAAAGCCUCUGCACAGGAUAUACAAAGUGAAAUGGAUGCUGUGUGCCAGUGGAAGUCGCUCUCUGGAAGCAUAGGCAGAAAAAAUGUUUUGGCCUCUUGGAGGCAGUGCUACAAGCUGUAAACACAACAUUGAUUGAAAUCAUCUCAAGGAGAUAUGGUCUCAGUGCUGAUGAAAGGUCUGGCUGAACCCAUCAUAAUUCUAGGAGAAAAAACGCUUUAAGUUUGUAUUUCUUUAAACCAAUCUCAAUCGUCUUGGGCGGCAUUAAACUCCGGAUGCAGUGACUGUGACCUUGCAAAAUUGUGAAACUUGUUUUGGUGGAACAUUUGCACGUGGGUAGGCGAUCCCUGUCAUUGAAAUGGCUAAAUCCCUCCAAAAGAAAAUGCUGCUACAACUUUUAGAGCCCUAGGGGUGAAGCCUGCCUAAACUUCAGCUCAGGAGGAGCUCACUGGACUUAUGGUGCGUUCCAUUUACCGGGGAAUGGCGUCACACCCACGUUAGUCUCGCUUUGCCAGACCUUCCUCCACAGCACUGUGAAGGAGGGUCCGGCUAGUCCUCUCAGCAUUACGGGACGGGAUAAAAACGUGCUCUGGUUUAUGGGGAUUUCGUAAAACCAAUUACAAUCGUCAUAGGCGGCGCUAAUGUGUACGUUUCGUUGUUUUAGUCGUGCAACAGGAAACUCCGAUUGGCCAGAUAGUCUAGCUAGCUGUCUGGAUUUACCCUGCAGAGAUCUGAGGAGCAGUUAACCAUAGUCCUCACAAAUCAGCCGGAGUUUAAAACGCCAACACAGAGACAGAGGAAGGUGACGCACAUCUGGCUGAGAAAAGUGAAAUCCAGCGGAAUUUCUGACAGCAACGGAGCGAUCCCGGAAGUGGAACAUCGUGGAUAGGGACUACCCCCGAGUUAACCGCGCUCCAGUAAAACAAGUCGGAAUAACUUAUUUCACAGUGGGGUUUAUUCUAUCCAGGUUAGCCAUUGUUAGCAAUACCAGUUGAUAACGCAUUUUUUGCACAUACAAACAGCGUAACAUAUCGCCAGAAGUUGGACAGGACUGUGUACGAUUUAGUGAUUCAAAAAUAAGACAAAAGAGCUUAUUUACUGUAUAGAACUACAGCUUCACUACUGUUGAUGCACAGAGCAGCCAUGUUGGAUUUUGAGGUCUGGGUACUGUGUAGAGGAUGGAAACCCGACCCAAGCCCGACGGUACCCAAUGGGCUGGGCCAGGUUCGCACAGAUAUUUAGAAAUGAUGUUUGGGUCGGGCUCCGUCACAUCAGCGCGAUAUGAUUGGGCCUCUUGUGUUAACGCUUGUUCCUCGUGUGCGCUGAUCUGUAGACCUUUCCGAAUGCCUUCCUACAGUAGCUUAAUAAAAGCUUUCCACACAAACAAACGUACAUGUGUCAUUAGUAUGAGAAAACAUCGUCUGGCUCGGACGUAAAUAUCUUAAUGCCUGUCGGGUUCGGAUACCGCUCUGUCGGACGCGGGCCGGGCUCGGACAGAAAAAUGCGGCCCGAUCUGCACUCUAGUACUGUGAGGUUCUUCAACUUUUCCUAGUCGAAAAUCUGACUUCAGGGGGCAUUCCAGUUGAAAUUUCCGACUCGGAAAUUCCAACUUCAGAUUUCAAAUGGAACGCACCAUACGCAGCUCAGAGUCGUGCAUAUUCCCAGACGAAAUGACAAUGAAUCAAAUGACCACAAACACCCACACAGUGAACCUGAAGCAGUUGGGGGCCCCCUGGGGGUGUAAGGUGUACCCCGUUGGUAGUCCAGCCUCAUGUAUAUGUGUGCGUCGAGACACACUGGGUUCCCUAAACAGCUGGAGGACAGUUAAAAUAUUGUAUCUUUACGUAAUACUUUCUGGCUCGCCUGUUUCUAAAGGUUUAUCUUUUAUUGUAUUUGCAUGUUAACUGCAAAACUCUUUUGUAGUUUACACACAAAAUCAGAAAAUAUGGUCACAGCAAACAAGAUUUACAUUUUAUUCAUCUUUCUUGACAUUCAAAUGCAUUUCUGCUACAAAUCAUGUCUUUUCAGUGUCAGUGAUUUUGUACACACAACGUUCUGAUUUUAAUAAUCUUUCUGCUCUUUUUUUAAAGAGUCUCGGCCUAAAAGGUUUCUUACAUGAUACAAAGCCCUUCGGUUAAAUUUCUUUAACAUGUAUCACUAUUAUAGGUUCCUUGUCAAUGUGAUCUUUUAAUCAUAUUUCAAACCUUAAUUGUAUUAGUAAUAGUAAUACCUUGGCACUAUUGAUACGUAAAGAAUGUCAAUAGACUCCGUGUUUCUAGCAUGAAUAUAGCAUGAUGUCCCUUCUGUCCUUCAGAUUACUGUUCUCUUUAUAGUUGACUGUUACUGACUUUUGUUAGAUUCAUUCAUUUAUUUUGGCACAUUCCUGAUGGCAGGAAUCUUCAAACUCUUAAAAGCAUUAGCGUAUAAGACCCCGUGCUUUCUUACAGUACUGUAUACUUUGAAAUUCCAGCUUUGCUGUUGUAUUUUUCCAUGCAUUUCUUUGUGUAAUGUACAGAUAUUUACACCCAAUAAAAGCAAACAAAAGUGAAUUA